AUGGCGGAAACAGACCUGUACAAAACCAUGAUCAACAACCCACAACUCCCUCAAAACCCAAAUAAAUUCUACACCCAUUUCUUCUACAAAGCCGUCUUCGUAUCCAUCUUCCUCUUGCUUCUUCCCUUAUUCCCUUCUGAAGCCCCUGAUUUCAUCAAUCACACAAUAAACACCAGAAGUUGGGAGCUUCUGCAACUUCUAUUCGUCGGGAUUGCUGUCUCUUAUGGACUUUUCAGCAAACGGAACGAUGAACAACAACAACAACAGCAACAACAGGGGUCCGUUAAGUCCGAUAACGCUCAGUCGUAUGUGGCCAGAUUGCUUCAAGUCUCAUCGGUUUUUGAUGAUGAUUCUGAAACCCCAUCGGAGCCCAAUCAUAGUAAUAAUAAUAAGGUUCAGACAUGGAAUUCUCAGUAUUAUAGAGGCGAACCUAUCGUAGUUGUAGCGAAAGAGACCUCUCAGCAAGCGGCGGAUUCAUUAGCAACAGUUGAAAAGCCUCUGCUUCUACCUGUUCGUAGUUUGAAAAAUGGAGUUUCUGAAUCUUCUUCCAUGAUCGAUUUUAAGGUCGGGAGAUCUAACUCGAGGCGAUUUAAUAGAAAUUUGAGCAAAUUAAGCGGGGUGAGUCCGGAAUCGGAGGAGGAGAAUAUCGUUCUACAGUCACCGAUUCCAUGGAGAUCGAGAUCAGGGAGGAUGGAAAUCAAAGAGGAAUUUACUCAAACGCCUGAAAUUAUUAAUCCAAUCGACUCACCUUCUUCUUCUCGAUAUCAUUCUUCAGAUCCUCCAUCUCUCUCAUUGUCGUCUGAAAUCCAAUCAAAAUCGCUCCAAGAUGUUGGCCGGAAAAAAAUCCCCACCACCAAGUCAUCAUCUUUCUCACCAAUUCCUCCUCCGCCUCCGCCACCCCCACCUCCACCGUAUCACCGACGAGUGAACUUAACCAACACCCAAAACACAAGCGAUACGUAUUCACGUAAGGAGUUUAGAAGAAAUGCGAGAAGCUUCCCGAAUAAAUUCUCAGAGGAUACCCCAAUGGCAGCUAAAUCAAAUUCAUUUAGAACACCACGACAACAAACUGAAUUCGAUGAAUAUUUAUUACAUGAUAGUGAAAUCGAAAGGUUUUUAGAAAGAAGAGGGAGUCAGAAAAAGAAAUUCAUGGCGGAUGAUGAAGAGAAGAAAGAAUUCAUGGAAGCCGAGAAAGAUGUAGAAGAAGAGGAAAGCGAUGAGGAUGAGCUUCAAGAACUUGCUUCAAAAAAUGAUGGAGAAAUGGUGGGGAAUGAGCUUCAUGAUCAUGGUCCAGAUGUGGAUAAAAAAGCUGAUGAAUUCAUAGCGAAAUUCAGAGAGCAAAUUAGACUACAGAGAAUAGCUUCAAUUAGAAGAUCAACUACCCAAACAACACCUAAAAUUGGAGGAAGGUAA